CUGAACCAAAGGGCAGCAGCACGGCUUAUUCGUAUAUACGCACCUCUCGAAAUAGCAGCAACGUUGUCAGACAAGGCUUCUCUUUUGUGCAUGAAAAGAUGAGCCUCGCCCAGAUUUCAGCUGCAGCCAUCCUGGUGCUCCUGGUGGUGCCGAGGUGCCAUGCCUGGCCAAGAAACGCCAACGCUCAAAUUUCCUCGCGCGACGCAGUGAAAGUGGAAGAGAGAGUUCUCCUACUAUGCGGAGGAAGAGAAAUACACAAGGAGUGCGAGAGCAACUGUGGCGAAGAGAGCUGCCGUCAGCUGCUUGGAACCCAGCCAAAGAAGCCCAAUUGCAAUAAAGACUGCGUGACCGGUUGCUUUUGUCGGAAAGGCUUCUACAGGCAUCACAACGAUACAUGCGCAACAGCAACUGAGUGCCGGAAGUCUUGAAGAAAGCUCUACCAUGACAGGUGUCUACGGUAUACUAGGGGCAAGCUGAGCGCCUUCACAAACUAUUGGGGUCCUUAAACAACUCGUGUUUUUCUUAGUAUCAUGCACAGCGGGAUAUUUGCCUUCAAGAGCAAUAAAGAUAUCUUCUCAUUUCAA